AUGCCUGUAGGCUUAUUGUUUGAUUUUCAGGUCGAUAAAUGGGAAUAUGACUUUGCUGUAGAAGCAUUAAUACUGACCUGGCCCUAUCUUGGUGUUACCAGACUGUUAGUUUUCCCAGAAACUGAUGCAGCCCAACAGUUUCAGUAUGCAGUGAGAGUUAUUGGAAGCAAUUUUGCUCCCACUGUUGAGCGUGAUGAAUUUCUUGUAGCGGAGAAAAUCAAGAAAGAACUUGUGCGACAAAGAAGGGAAGCAGAUGCUGCUUUGUUUUCAGAACUCUACAGAAAACUCGGUUCACAGGGCAUUUUGAAAAACAAAUGGUCAAUACUCUACCUCCUGCUUAGCCUUAGUGAAGAUCCACGUAAACAGUCUAACAAGGUGUCAAGUUAUGCCACGCUUUUUGCUCAAGCAUUGCCACGGGAUGCUCACUCAACCCCUUAUUACUAUGCCAGGCCUCAGACCCUUCCAUUGAAUUACCAAGACCGCAGUGCUCAGUCUGCCCAGAGUUCCUGCAGCAUGGGGAGCAGUGGGAUCAGCAGCAUCAGCCUCUAUGCCCUAAAUGGGCCAACUCCAACUCCACAGUCACUCAUUCCAGGACAAUCCUAUCAAGCUGCGGGCGUUGGCGAUUGCCUCCGUCAGCAGCUGGGUUCACGUCUUGCAUGGACUUUAACUGCAAGCCAGCCUUCCUUACAAAGCACUACCUCAAAAGGCUUUCCAAAUGCUGUCUCUCGUGCUGUGCCGAGGUCAAGGCGAGAAGGGGACACAAGUGGUUCUGUUGAAAUAACAGAAGCAAAUCUUGUAAGAGAUGUUUUAUAUGUCUUCCAGGGAAUAGAUGGCAAAAACAUCAAAAUGUGCAAUUCUGAAAAUUGCUAUAAAGUGGAGGGAAAGGUGAGCUUGUCGAAAUCUCUCCGAGAUACUACAAGCAGACUUGCAGAGUUGGGGUGGCUCCAUAACAAAAUAAGGAAAUAUACAGACCAGAGGAGUUUGGAUCGUGCAUUUGGACUGGUGGGACAGAGUUUUUGUGCAGCUUUACAUCAGGAACUUAAAGAAUACUACCGACUUCUGUCUGUUUUACAUUCUCAGUUACAACUGGAAGAUGAUCAGGGCGUGAAUUUGGGACUUGAGAGCAGUUUAACACUUCGCCGCCUUUUAGUCUGGACAUACGACCCCAAAAUAAGAUUAAAGACCCUUGCAGCACUUGUUGAUCACUGUCAAGGGAGAAAAGGUGGUGAACUAGCCUCAGCAGUUCAUGCCUAUACUAAAACAGGAGAUCCCUACAUGAGAUCUCUGGUUCAGCACAUUCUUGGCCUAGUAUCCCAUCCUGUCCUGAAUUUCCUGUAUCGCUGGAUUUAUGAUGGGGAGCUGGAGGAUACAUACCAUGAGGUAAUGUAUAUGCUACGUAAAUGCUUCAACUCUUUGCAUUGUGGUGUGAUAAUCUGUGGGAAGCUUAGAGGAGAAUUUGAAAACCAGCAGUGCCCUAAUGCUGGCCUGGAUGGCAUUGUGCCCGCAACAUGGACUCAAGGUGAGGGAAUUGUCCAGCAGUUCUUGGUCCUGCUGACAACCAGUUCAGACGAGAGCCUUCGGUUCCUGAGCUUCAGGCUGGACUUCAACGAGCACUACAAGGCCCGGGAGCCGCGGCUGCGGGUGUCGCUGGGCACGCGGGGCAGGCGGAGCUCGCACAUGUGACACCGCUGCCAGGGCCACCACGGCCACCAGCGGUGACACAGCGCAGCCAGAUUGUGGGAUCGGUGUCUCCACUGCUGCAGGCAACAUGUUCUCAGCCAGUGAUCGUGUGACACUGCAUAGCAGAAAGCAAAAAAAGCAGGGUUUUUUACACUGAUGUUUCUACAAUUGCCAGACUGUAUGGGCUGAUUGAACCUCAUCCAAUCAACUGGUUAAACCAUCCUUUUAAAUAAAUGCCAAUUUUAUUUGAAGCUUUCUGAGCUUUUCCACUGUAACUUAUAUCUGUGUCAAAAAAAUCACAUGUUCUUUUGUUUAUAGAAAGCACCAUUUCCUUUUUUAAUAUGAAAAUAAGAAGGUUAUUUUUUCUAUAUGUACUUGUUCUAUUUGAAGAGAGCUUUUGUUAAAGCCAACAGAUCAGGACCCAGACCUAUUGUCCUUGUUAAGAAGCUAUACAGCAUUUCGUUAUGCUGAUUUUCAGUGUUGUGAUGUGUUUGACUGUGUGAGAAACUUUGUAUCAGGAGACAUAAAGUUAUAUUUAAUUUUUUUUGUUGUUUUCAAAGUUAAAAACCUGGAAUAAAAAUUUAGUGGGGAAAUUCUAUGGUUUCUGUACAGGAGCAAACUAUAAAAGCAGAGUCAGGAGUGUAUCUGUUGCACAUAAGAGCUAAAAAUGAAGUUAAAGCCUCAGUGAAGGAAAGUGUUGGUCAAUCUUGAGUACUUAAUGUUCAAAAUCAGAUAUGUAGAAACAAACUGACUUGGCUAAUGUUGACUUCAUUCUCUUCACUUUCCUAUUUUUUUCAUUGUAAAUAUUUAUAUAUUGCUGUCCAGAUGUUGGGGAGAGGGGGAUUCUUCUUUUGCAGAGUUGUCAUUAUAUCAGGUCAUUUAUUAUGUUCCACAAGUGCGAGCUUAGAAAAAUAAAAACACAAUUAUCUUUCA